AUAAUACCGUCAGCUAUGAUGUCAUAGUAUUGAUUGCGGAUGGCGGACUCUGAUGCAUUCGAGGAAGAAUUCGGGUCGAUUUCACAAUAGUAAGAAAACAUCGACCAAAGAAACCAAUAAGACAAUUGGUGACGAAUCUGUGCAUCAUAGAAACGUUAGACACUUCGCUUUACCGAUUUUAUUAUUCUUCUAUUUUAUUCGAUUUGUCGCUUUCCAUCUGUGGAUAGGCCUAACAAAGCUAUAUCAUACUAGUGUAUAUUUUACCAAAAAUGAAGCGUCGAACGCUUGUAUUGCUCCGCCUUCACCUAGAAAAAACGUUGAACAAUCAAAUGUAACGAUGUCAAAACCAACACCGGGUCCUGGUGAGCCAGCACUUGCCUUACAGAAACAUCAUCAUAGGAAGGCAUUUGAAUAUGUAUCAAAAGCUUUGAAAUUAGACGAAGAGGACAAAGGUCGUAAAGAUUUAGCGGUUGAUUUAUAUAAAAAAGGUAUAGAAGAAUUGGAAAAGGGUAUAGCAGUGGAUGUUAGCGGUCCUGGUGAUGCUUUUGAAAGAGCUCGUCGACUUCAAGAAAAAAUGAGAACUAAUUUAAUCAUGGCGAAGGAUAGAUUGCAAGUUUUAGAGGUUUUGUUGAAAACGACGAAGGAAGAUACAUCGCUAUGUCCAGCUAACGAAAUGGCUACAAAACUUGCUAAGGAUUUAAACACGAAUAGUAAUAAAAAUACAAAGAAAUCAGUUCAGUCACCUUCAUCUAAAAUUGCUAAAAAUGUAGAAACCUCAGAUCGUUCAACCGCUAGAGCGAAAAUGACAAUCGGUAUUGGAGGAAGUAGAAGCAGUACCCUUCCGCGAACAGCACCUAGAAGCAAUAGAAAUGCAAGUCCAACAACAUCACCUAGUAUGCUUAGGAAACAAAUUUCAUCUAGAACCAAUCCACCUAACAUUCGUGCUCCCCCAAACCCUAAUCAAACGAGGCAGAAAGCUCAAAAUUACCUGAAGAAUAUCGAUAAAAGAUUAGCGAAUGCAAUACUUGAUGAGAUUCUCGAAUCGGGUGUUCCUUUAUCAUUGGAAGAUGUAGCUGGUUUAGAAAGAGCAAAACAAGCAUUGCAGGAGAUGGUUAUACUACCUUCUCUUAGACCGGAGUUGUUUACAGGACUACGGACUCCAGCGAGAGGACUACUUCUUUUUGGUCCUCCAGGCAAUGGCAAAACUCUACUCGCAAAAGCCGUUGCUCAUGAGUCAAAAUCAACGUUUUUCAAUAUAAGCGCUGCUAGUAUUACAUCUAAAUUUGUGGGUGAAGGAGAAAAACUUGUCAGAGCGUUGUUUGCAUGUGCUAAAGAACUACAACCAGCAGUCAUAUUUAUAGAUGAGGUUGAUUCAGUGCUUUCUCAAAGGUCGGAUAAUGAACAUGAUGCUAUGAGACGUCUGAAAACUCAAUUUCUACUUGAGUUUGACGGCGUAUCGGGAACGAGCGAAAGAGUUGUAGUUAUGGCUGCAACAAAUCGACCGUAUGAGUUGGAUGAAGCUGCUUUAAGACGUUUUCCAAAAAGAGUUUAUGUCGGAAUGCCUGAUCAGAAUACUCGAGUCAAACUGCUAAAUAGAUUGCUUGAACAGCACGGAAGUCCCCUUAGUCAGCGUGAGAUAAAACAAAUAUCUUCUUUGACUGAGGGCUAUUCCGCAAGUGACUUGACAGAAUUGGCCAAAGAUGCUGCACUUGGACCUAUAAGAGAAUUAGAUCCAAGUAUUGUAAAAGAUGUUGAUGAGACAUCAGUUAGAAAAGUUAAUUUGAAUGAUUUUGUUGACUCAUUACAGAGAGUCCGGAAAUCCGUGCCUCAAGGUAAUAUAGCUAAACUUCAAAAGUGGAGUGAAGAGUUCGGAGAUAAUAGUCUCUAA